AUGUUACGGAAGCAGAAACGAAAUAUUUUUGCUAUAAUUCUGAUGAAAAUCAGCUUGAUGGGGAGAAGGCAGCUGCUGCAGCUCGUUCUGCUCCACACAGCUUGUUUGAUGGGGAGUAGCCAGCUCCAUUAUUCAGUGCCAGAAGAAUCCCAGCAUGGCACAUUUGUGGGUCGCAUUGCCCAGGAUCUGGGGCUGGAGGUGAGCGAGCUGGUGCCUCGGAUGUUCCGGCUGGUUUCCAAAGACCACAAGGAUUAUUUACAGGUAAAUGUGCAGAAUGGGAUUUUGUUUGUUAAUUCCCGGAUAGACAGGGAAGAGCUGUGUGCCCGCAACCCUGUUUGUAUAAUUCAUCUUGAGGUGAUUGUGGAUAAACCUCUGAGGAUCUUCCAUGCAGAGGUGGAGAUCAGGGAUAUAAAUGACAAUGCUCCCAUUUUUCCGGUAAAUGAUCAUAAACUGUUUAUUUUAGAAUCUAGGCUGCCUGGCUCAUAUUUCCCACUAGAGGAAGCUUCAGAUGCAGAUAUUGGUUCCAAUAGUCUGCUUACCUAUAAGCUUCAUUCGAAUGAUUAUUUUCAGCUACAUGAAGAAAAGCACAAUGACCGUAGUAAGUCUCUAGCACUUGUGUUACAGAAUGCCCUGGACCGAGAAAAACACUCUGAACACCAUUUAUUACUCAUAGCCACUGAUGGGGGGCAACCAGCACUCAGUGGCACAGUACAGCUGGACAUAAUUGUAUUAGAUGCAAAUGAUAAUGUACCUUUCUUCAACCAGUCUGUAUAUGAAGUACCCCUGCUAGAAAACGUCACAAAAGGAACUUUGGUCUUUACACUAACUGCUUAUGAUUUGGAUGAAGGAACUAAUAAAGAGCUACUGUACUCGUUUAGCAGUAUGAUGCCUUCCCAGUUAAGACAUAUUUUCUCUAUAGACGCAAAAACGGGGGAAAUCAAAGUGAAAGGAGAGAUAGAUUUUGAAGAUAUUAAUUUGUUUGAACUACAAGUUGAAGCGUCUGAUCAAAGCUCAUAUCCUCUGGUUGGACACUGCAAAGUUCUGAUUGAGGUUUUAGAUGUGAAUGACAAUACGCCAGAAGUAACCGUUUCAUCCUUGUCAGUUCCAGUGCCUGAGAACUCUCCACCAGGGACAGUGGUGGCCCUUCUCAGCAUCUCAGACAGGGACUCUGGGGUCAAUGGGCAAGUAAUCUGCUUGAUAUGGCCUUCUGGGCACCCCUUCAAGCUAACCUCCACCUUCAAGAAUUACUACUCGCUUGUGCUGGCUGAGCCACUGGACCGGGAGCAAGUGGCUGAAUACAGUUUGUUGGUGACAGCUCAAGAUCAAGGCGACCCCCCUCUGUCAGCCAGCAGCAGCCUGGUGGUGCCGAUCAGUGACGUAAAUGACAAUGCACCCACUUUUGGCCAGCCAUCCUACACCGUCUUUGUGAAGGAGAACAACCCUCCCGGGGCUCACAUCUUCACAGUGUCUGCCUCGGACCCAGAUGUGGCCGAGAACGCCUUGGUCAGCUACUGGCUGGAUGAGAAGCUCUGGCCGCUGUCGAGCUACAUCUCGGUGCACUCAGAGAGUGGGAAGCUGUAUGCCCUGCAGCCCUUGGAUUACGAGGAGCUGAAGCUGCUGGAGUUCCAGGUGAGGGCCAAGGAUGCGGGGCUGCCCUCCUUGUGUGGCAACGUCACUGUGCAAGUGUUUGUGGUGGAUGAGAACGACAAUGCACCGGCAGUGUCUGGUCCAUCCCAGGAUAUCGUGACUCUGGUGAAGGUCCCAGUGGCAGCUGGACACAUGGUGGGCAAGAUCCAUGCCCUGGACGCUGAUUCGGGAUACAAUGCCUGGCUGCGCUAUGAGUUGCAUGAUGCAGCCAGUGGCCCGUGGCAGGUGGGGCUUUACAGUGGAGAGGUCAGUACCACGCGUGCUCUGGAGGAGGCAGAGGGCGGCAACAGCCAGAGUCUGCUGGUGCUGGUGAAGGAUCACGGCAAGCCGGUAAUGUCAACCACAGCCACCUUCAGCGUUUCACUGGUGGCCAGUGCCCAGGCUGCCCAGAGUGAUGCCCGCCUCUCUGGGAUGGGUGGGAACGCAAAGCCUCUGGCAGACAACGCCAACCUCUACCUGAUCAUUGCCAUCUGCUCUGUGUCCAGCUUGUUCCUGCUGGUGAUCCUUGUGUAUGUGGUGCUGCGAUGCCAGAGCCAAGCCAAGGAGGCCAUGAUGUACGGUCCUGGCACAGCCACGUUGGUGUGUGCCAGUGAAGUGGGCAGCUGGUCGUAUUCCAACCGCCACAGCCACAUCCUGGCAGGUGUGAGUGGGGAAGCUGGUGCCAAGAGCGACCUCAUGGUUUUCAGCCCCAACAUUCCUGUCCUUGCUGUGAAUGGAGAUGCGGGAAAUGUGAAGGACUUUGUUCCACUGACCCCUGGAGAGAAAAAGCAUAAAUGUCAAGUGUGA